UCUUCUUCCUACUAAUAUGCAGAUCGCAACUGUCCUUGCCAUUACUACCAGUCCGGCUUCGCUACAAAUCGUCAGUUGAGUGCGCAGCAUUUCGUCGUCGGUUUCGGUAUUUUUUCGACAUCAUACGACAUACAAUACAGGAGCUUGUAAUCACAUAACGAAAUCAGUGAGAAAUUUCAGGUUCCUCCAACAAUUCAAAUCUUAAACAGUCAAAAUGAGUUACGGUUACCAAGGACCACCUAUUCAGUUGCCGGGACGAGCCCGACCACCAACAUCAUUUGGGACUCUAUCUGGUGCACCUUCUGCCUCAAAUACUCAAUCUUAUCCUCCAAUGGGCUUCCCAAAUGCACCACCAACAUCUUUUGGCAUGCCUCAACCAUAUUCUCAGGCAGCAACUCCUUAUCCCACUCAGUCUAUGCAUCCUGCUCCUGAUAACACAUCAAUGUACACCAAUGUUUAUCCUCCACAAAUGCCAUAUCCUUCUCAAUCUAUGCCCACACCGUGUUACUCAUUUAAUGCAAAUUCUAGCCAGCCUGUACCAUUCCCUUAUCCAAAGCAGCAAAAUUACAAUACGUAUCCUAAUCUUCAAAAAGCACCAGAAGCUAGAGAAUGUUUUAACAAUAUAGCUCCUUCCUCUUAUUCUUCUGGACUUAAUGCACAUGCAACUAAUUCAAUCCCAUACCAAGGCGCAAACUAUCCCAGGGGGCAGGGGGUAGGCUCAACAUAUUCUUAUACUGCUAAUCCACCUGCUGCUCCACGUGGUGCUACCCCAGCCCCCCGGAGAGACCGAUUUACGCCUAAGACUUCUCCUACUGUUGUACCUUAUGAUGGCUUUGAUGCAAGAGCUGAUGCGGAAACUUUGAGAAAAGCUAUGAAGGGAUUUGGCACAGAUGAAAAAACUAUUAUUCAAAUUCUUGCCAAUCGCAAUAACUUGCAACGCCAAGAAAUUACAUCUCAAUUUAAAACUCUUUAUGGGAAGGAUUUAAUAAAGGAUUUAAAAUCUGAGUUAUCAGGAAAUUUUGAGAAACUUGCUCUUGCUUUAAUGACGCCUCUACCUCAAUAUUAUGCAAAAGAACUUCAUGAGGCAAUGUCUGGUCUUGGUACUGACGAAACAGUACUGAUUGAAGUAUUGUGUACUAUGUCUAAUCAUGAGAUUUCUAUUAUUAAACAAGCAUAUGAAGGAAUGUAUGGAAGAACAUUGGAAGAUGAUUUGAUUUCUGACACAUCUGGAAAUUUCAAACGCUUGAUGGUAUCACUGUGUUGUGCAAAUAGAGAUGAAUCAUUUAAUGUGGAUCAAGCUGCUGCAAUGGAAGAUGCUAAACAACUUUUACAAGCUGGGGAGCUGCGUUUUGGUACAGAUGAAUCUACUUUUAACGCAAUUCUCGUCCAAAGAAACUUUGCACAAUUGCGACAGAUAUUUAUAGAGUAUCAAAAUAUAACAGGCCAUGAUAUCGAAACUGCAAUUGAAAAUGAAUUUUCUGGCGAUAUUAAGAAGGGUCUCCUUGCAAUUGUAAAAUGCGUCAAACAUAGAGCUAGUUUUUUUGCUGAGCAAUUAUACAAAAGUAUGAAAGGCCUCGGUACGGACGACAGCCGUCUUAUCCGUCUGAUUGUGACACGCUGUGAAAUAGAUAUUGGUGAAAUAAAGAAUGUAUUUCUCCAACAGUAUGGAGAAUCACUGGAAGAUUUCAUAUCUGGUGACUGUUCAGGACAUUACAAAAAAUGCUUAUUGGCACUAAUAUCGUAAAAUAUUUUCCACUAUAUACGAACAAGUUUCAUAAGUGAAACCUGUUUCAUUACAUUUAUCGUCCAUCAUUUUACAAAUACAUACAAUAUAUUAUCUUUUCUUUUAUUAUCUUUCUUCUUCAUU